AUGGACAUCAAAAAUCUUUUCGUGUCACCUGCACCACCGGGACCAAUUGUUCCGGUACAUGAACUUCUCAGAGCAGGUCUUAUCAUUGCUCUGUUUAUCGUAACGCUUCUAGCUUGUUCUUUUGCAUUCCUGCUUCGACGCAUAGCAAAUACAACUACUGGAUUUUGGCCAGUACUUUCUUUGAUUUCCGUAUUUGGUGGUGGUGUGUUUUUAGCGACAUGUCUCCUAGAUCUGUUACCAGAUGCAAAAGAAAGCCUUAGAAGAAUUGAAAAGAUGCAGCAGAUCACUUAUUCCUAUCCAGUUAUAGAAAUUUUUAUAGGUGUUGGUUUUCUGCUGGUACUUUCAACUGAACAGAUUAUUCUGUUUAUCCGAGAAAAACAGUGUUAUGGUUCCGUAGAUAUGAACGUUUUAAUCAGCGGACACCACGAUCAUAACGACUCAAAUCCUGAACUUUCAACUCCUUACUCUGAAUGCGACGAUGAAGUUAACCAUCAGUCUUUAACGCAUACUCAAUCGACACUACGAAUUAUUCUGCUAGUGAUGGCACUAUCGUUACAUGCUGUGUUUGAAGGCCUAUCAUUAGGCCUUGUUAGCGGUAUGAGGGAAAUUAUGCAAAUCUUCUUCGUGUUGCUCGUGCACAAAACAGUUAUUGGAUUUUCACUUGGAGUUCGUCUUGUAAAAAGUGCUUUAAGUCUUACGAUGGCAUUAGUAUGUUCGAUUAUCUUCGCUGCACAAAUUAUUGUCGGAGGUUUUGGCGGCAUUGCUAUUCUAGAUGCCGUUAGCCGUGGAUCACCACUUAUUGCUGGAACAGUUUCUUUUAUUGCACAAGCAACAGCGUGUGGAACAUUCUUGUAUAUAACUUCUUUCGAAAUAUUGCCGCACGAGUUCCAUCAGCGUCAAUUUCGUGUCGCAAAACUCUUCUCAUUGAUCGUUGGAUUUGUUCUUAUUGCGAGCCUGAUAGCUUUAUUUCCCAACGGCUCAACGUAG